AUGGCCGCCGCCCCGCCGCGGCGAAGGGCACACCGCGAAGGCGGAGACGCCCCCAUCUCCCUCUUCCUUAACACCGAUCUCGGCACCCAUCUCGCCCUGCUCGUCCCCCGGGACACAGCCAUCGGUGCCCUAAAGUGUACUCCACUCGCUCUUCUUCUCCCCGUCUCUUCGUACGGCAGGUCCGCCAGGAAGGGCGUACUGUAUCACAUCUGUGAUUCAGUGACAGUGAUGAGUGCCUUCACCAAAAUCAAACGUGGGUGCUUUCUUCACGUCAAUAUGGCAGAGGCUACAGCAGCCACACACUGCUGCCAAGAUGCUCCAGCAACUGACGAUAGAAGAGUGAGUGAUGUUUGUCUUGGAAUUCAUGACACCUUACAUGAGGAGUCCAUCCAGCUAGAAAAUCCAAGCACUGUUGGAAAGAAGAAGAAAAGGAAAAGGUGUCGAUUGUCCCCUUCAAAUUCUGCUUCUACUCAAGAGACAACAGAACCAUCAGCUAUGGCAGUAGAUUUAUUAAAACCCACAGGUGAAGUUCUGCCUCAUAACAGCCUAGGGAUGCAGAUCGAUAAUAUACAUGCAAUGGAUAAUCUUUCCCAUGAAAAGGAGCACAAAAAAUCUAGGACUAGUUCUGCUGGCACAUCAAGUAGGCAUCUACUGGAAACAGACCCUACUUCUCUUAGGGAACCUUUAAACACUUCAAAUCAUCAAGUCCAUGACACUUUACAUCAGGAGUCCAUCCAGCUAGAAAACCCAAGUGCUGCUGGAAAGAAGAAGAAAAAGAAAAAGAAAAAGAGUGAAUUGGCCUCUUCAAAAUCUGCUUCUGCUCAAAUAACGACAGAACCAUCGUCUGGAGCAGCCCCAGGGGAAUUAUCAAAAUCCACAGGUGACGAAGCAUAUAACGUUGAAUUGAUUGGCAAAGAUGAAACUAUAGUCAAAGCAUCUGGUUUGCCUCUUUCAUCAUCAGAACUUAAUGAUAGGAACCAGGGGGGCAAAAGUGUUCAGUUUGUGAGCAAUGCUCAAACAUCGAGUGAUCUAAUCUCUGAACAAGAGAAGUUUGAUCAUGCUCUCAAGGGAUGUAGGGAUCCUCCAAUUGAAGAUGCCGUUUAUUCUACAGGUGAAAAUGUAGCUAUUGAAGGAAAAACUACGAAAGGAAGCUGCGCCCCUUUGGAUGGAGGGGACAAGCAUGAAGAAAUAAAACAACACAAUGAGGGAUGUCAUAAUGAAGGUGGACCUGAAACAAGCAACAUGGAGAAAGAUGGCAAAAGUACAUAUGUCUCUGACAAGAGGCAAACAGAUCAAAAUACUUCUCAAGAGAAGAAGCGCAAGAAAUCAAAGGUUGGUUCUGUUGACACGCCGUCCGUGGAUGCCACUGUUGAAAAAGAUCAUGGGCAUAGUGAAAAUGCUGCAAAACAAGAUACAGUUUCUACUAAAAGGGAGAUUGUCCAUGAACCUUCUAUGCAACAGAUGUCAAACAUUGUGUAUCAAGGGGAUGCAAAUGUAAUAGAAAAUCCAAGUGUUGAUGGAAAGAAAAAGAAAAAAAGAAGAUGCCACUCAGAAUCCUCAAAGGAUGCUGCUCCAAUAGAUGCAAAGCAAACAACCCCGGGCAUUAUAGAAGGAGAAACAGUUACUGAGCACAAGAAGCUUAGUGAAACUCUAGAUGUAGCGGCAACAAAUGUUAUUGAUGAGGUAUUGGCAGAUCUAAGAUCUAAAGACAGCUUAAGUAAGGAUCUGGAUGAAGAUCUUUUACCAGGACAAACUCACCUAGGCAGCAAUCAGAAUGGACUAGAAGUUCCUGAAUCCAAUGCUGUUAAAGUUGGUAGCGUUACUGCAGCAUUACCUCUGAAAUAUCCUGCAGCGGUUCACUCUGCUUCUCCUGUUAGCUCACCUGGACAAAAGAAGUCUAAGGGGAAAAAAUCGAAAGUGCUACCAACCAUGAUUGACUCUUCUCAUCAAUCAAGUGGUGUACCCGAAGAAGAUGCUAAUAGAGAAUUAAAAGAGCCUGAUUCUUUGAGGUUUGCUGAUAAAACAAGUGAUCAUGAGGAUGUAGUAACUGGAAAUGUGGUUGCGCAAGCUGAUGACAAACGCAAAGCCACUAAGCGUCAAAGAAAGAAGGGUUCCGUAAAGCAGGUACUUGAUACAUUGGACUUGAAGGAAUCUAAUGAUACGGAAGAAAAUUUGGUUCAGGGAGGUUCUGUAGUUGACACUCCUUUAAGCACUGUUGGGAAAGUAGAACAGAAAGACAGGUCUUCUGAGACUACUCCUAAAAUACGAGAAACUAAUUGUUCUACUCAUGGGCUGGAUAGUCACGCAGCUAAGGACAGCCAGGAUGAGUAUGUAACUGACAUGAUUGGGACCCAUGAUAAUGAAAAUGCUGCAGGAACUCCAACCUUGCAUGUAGUUCAGAAAGAUGCCAUGGCUCUCAAAUCUGCCAACCCUAAUUCGCAAAAGAAAAAGAAAACAUCUUCGAACUCUGAAGUUCAAAGUCAGUGUGCCCUGGAACACGGUUUCAGUGCAGUUUUGGUGAACUCCAGGACUGAAAAGGGCCACACCGUGUUUCAUCCUGCUAAUGAUGGAAUCAAUUUCCUUGAUCAUUUUAGCUGCAGUAAUCUGAAUGAUGAUCCAUCAAUUGCUGCAGAAAGUAAGCAAAACAAUGAAGAUGAAUCUUCAAGGGAAGUGAAGAAUAAAAAGAAGAAGAAACGAAAGCAACGUACUGGUAGCAUUGAACCAAAUGACGUUCUAGAAUCUCUUCCCUCAGAGAAAGCUAGCUUAAUUGGUCAUUUUGAUACCAGCAAAGCUAUUGUGCCAUUUGUUGCAACAGAAAACAUGAACAGAGAAAAUGAGAAUGUGAAUAACGGCAGGGAGAAGAAGAGAAAGGGCAAAGCUAAUAUGGAAAUACCUACUGCUGAAAGGGACAAUCCUAAUUGUGAUAAUCAAGGCAUUGAUAUUGGUACCCAAGAAUCACUUAUUUCUAUUGUACAAAAACAAAGGACGGGUCAGGACAAUGGAAAAGAGAGCAACAGCAAAGUUACUCAGAAUGCCAGUAUAAUGCUACAUGAACCAGAAGAUGCCACUUGGAAUCAUACUCCUGAGAAGAAUCUCCACCAGAGUGUUGAUGAUCAGAGCAAGUUGCUCACUGAAAAGGAUCAUGCACAUAUAAGUAAAGAAGUGAGGAAAUUCACUUCUCAGACAAAGCCCCAUGCUAAGAUUAGAAAGCCUGAUGGGUCUACUAUCAAGGGAAAGGUGGCUUCAAAUCCUAAGCCUGUAAGCAACCUUGUGAAGGAUUUUUCCAUGAGCCCACAAGCGUCAAGUAACAGCAUAGAGGGCAAGCCACAAAGUGCUAAUCGACAGAGUUGCAGUCCGAAAAGUCUCAAAUGUGUCAUCAGAUAUCCUGGUCCACAUGUGUCUAAUCAAUUUGCCUUUGGCAGGUAUUUCAUCUUCAGCUAUGAUGAAAGCGAGGUUCCUGAUGAUGAUGGCACUGUAUCACUAUCUCAGAAGAGUCUCAAAGGUGGCCUGGAUAUUGGCUCCAUCCUCCGUGGUUCCCGUAGCUAUCAGAAGGCAAGAAAGAAGCAGGCGGAGCUGUUAGAUGAUGACACCAUUGUGCCUGAUAGCCAGCCCACGGAUGGCCUUUGGGGCUGA